AUGCCGAUCAUGGUUGCCGAGACCCACGGGGCAGGAGGCGACGCUCCCGGCUUCACCUCCAUACCUGUGCUUGACCUCUCCCUCAUCCACUCGCCUAGUAAGAAGCCCAUCUUCCUGGCUAAUCUCCGAGAGGCGCUCGUGGUUGUCGGCUUCUUCUACCUCAAGGGCACGACGCGGUGGGUUCCCGCCGAGGUGCAGGAGGAUUUCGUACAAAAGGCAACCACCCUGUGCAAUGCGCCCCUUGAGACGAAGCUGGAGAUGGACAUGAUGAACAGCAAGCAUUUCCUGGGAUACUCACGAAUGGGGUGUGAGAGGACGGCCAGGAGAGUAGACCAUCGCGAAAUGUUUGAUUUUCUCACUCCACAGCGCGCCCCAGGGCCCGAUGAGCCCAUCUGGCACAACGUCCAGGGCCCGAACCAGUGGCCGGAUGAAAGGGCAGUGCCUGGCUUCCGCCGGGCGAUUGAGGCGUAUCUCUCUGCCACUUCCAAGCUGGGACAAGUCAUGACCAGCUUGGUGGCCGAGGCACUGGACCUGGAGCCGGCGGCGAUGGCCAAGUUCUUUGGCAACCCGCCGCGCAACAAACUCUCGCUGCUCAAGUACCCAGUUCCGCCGUCGCCACCGUCUGCCAAUGGACACGGAGAAAGGAGCGGCAAUGGGCACUCCGAUGCGCUCGACGGCCUCUCGCAGGGCGUUGGGCCGCACAAGGACGGCGGGUUCCUCACAUACCUCCUGCAGGCGACGCCACACGCUGGGCUCGAAGCGCAGAACAAGGCCGGGGCUUGGGUCCCGGUGCCGCCUCUGCCCGAGACCCUGGUGGUCAACGUCGGGCGCUCGCUCGAGUCCAUGACGGGCGGCGUCUGCACCGCGACGACCCAUCGCGUGAGUCUACGGUCGGGGCACUUUUUCGACGCCGGGGGCCGCUCGCUGGGGCCACGCUUUUCCUUUCCCACUUUCCAGACACUCAAACCAGACCUGAGCAACAAGGAGCUGCUGUCGCUGAAGAUGCCGGCGCACAUUGCCGACCUGGUCAAGGAUGAGCAGGUCAAGUCGGAUGCCGAGGCCUAUUUUGCAAAAUACCACCUCGAGAGCCCCGGGCUGGGCAUCUUUACUGCACGCCUCACCAGCCACCCUGAAGUUGGGCGGAGGUGGUAUCCGGAGCUCGCGGCACGAGCCCUGCAGGGGCAGAAGGCGUCCACCGGCUAG